AUGGCUGCAAUUACUCCUGUACCACGUGACAGUAAUCUGUACUGUUAUAAAGGAUUCUGUUUCUUAAAGAAAAUGAUGACACCAGAGUUUAUAGACUCCCUACAGGAUUUUAAAAUAAGAGAUGAUGAUGUUUUCUUGAUUACAUAUCCAAAAUCAGGAACCAUCUGGUCUCAGCAAAUAUUAAGCUUAAUAUGCAGUGAAGAGCACCGAAAUGGUACUAAAAAAAUUGAAACUUCUGAAAGAGUUCAAUGGCUUGAAUCCCGAGCACUAAAUCCGGACGUAGAUUACAACAGUCGUCCUUCACCUCGCCUGUUUGUAUCCCAUUUGUCAGAAACAUUUGUUCCCCGAGGAAUGAAAAAUACAAAGGCAAAAGUUAUCUAUGUGAUGAGGAAUCCAAAGGAUGUUAUGAAUUCAUUUUAUCAUUUUGAAGACAUCUCUGUUGUAACAGAGAAGUCACCAGAUUUCCAUCACUUUUAUGAGAAAUUUUUGGAUGGAGAAGUUUUUGCAGGCAAAUGGUUUGAUCAUAUACGAGGAUGGUACAAUCAUAAGGAUGCAUACAAUAUCCUUUUCUUAAAAUAUGAAGACAUGAUAAAGGUAAAGGCUCUGAGUUUUAAUACUAACAUAUGA